AUGGAGAUGGAGCACUUCAUAGAGACGGUGCGCAAGUACCCGUGCCUGUGGAACACGGCGGCCAUCGAGUACCGCGACCAGGAGCUCAAGGACGCCGCCUGGGCCGAGGUCAUGAAGGAGACCGACCUGUCCUCCGUGAAAGAGGUCAAACUCAAAUGGAAGAAACUCCGCGACAGUUAUCGGGACGCUCUCAAGCGGCAGAACGAUAUGCUCGCCAAAGACCCCAGCAACUCCACCAAAAAGAACUAUCCGUGGAAGUACAUGGGCCUGAUGCAGUUCCUGCAGCCCCACAUGAGCGUCCGCAAGAAGCCGGCCGAGUCCCCGCACUACGCGAGCCCCGCGGACCAGCAGCAGGCGGGUCCGGGCGGCCCGGGCGGGUCCGGCGGCUCCCAGGCCCACUUCCACCACUCACAGACGUCGCAGCACGCGCACAACGGGGACCCGCGCUCCUCCGACGACUCGGACUCCGAGCCCGAGUCGUCGCCCAAGAGGAAGGGCAGCGAGCGGCUGACACUCAUGGACCGCAAGCUGGACUACCUGUGCAAGGCGGAGAGCAAGCGGCGCUACACGGAGGCGCAGUACAGGGAGAGGAAGCGCGACCACCCGCCCGCCGCGCCCGACCCGCUCGACAUCUUCUUCAACAGCAUGUGUCAGUCCACCAAGAGGUUCCCCUACCCGGCGCAGAUCAAGAUCAAGAAGACGCUGUUCGGAGCCGUCAUCGAGGCGGAGGAGGCGCUGCUGGCCGAGCAGCAGAACUACGCCAGCCUGUGGGCCCGCGGAGCCGGGACCUCCUCCAGCAGCGAGGCCGACGACAACGACGGCCCGGACGGCCCCGAGGGUCCCGAGGGUCCCGACGACGACGACCAGGACCGCAAGCCCUCCUGA